UUUUUUUCUUGUUGAUUCUCAGUUUGUUUCUCGCUCUCUCUUAUUGACAACAUGUUCAUAAAUCUCCAUUUUCUGGUGACAACAAUUAUCUCUCAAUCAACUAUUCCAUGUGUAGACAAAGAGCUAAUCAGAAAAUAAGAGAUGUCAAUGUUUCUUUAAUUUAAUCUUCUAAAAAUCAUCUUCGUAUUCCAAUAACACUAAUUGUGAAUUUCUGUUGUUGCCUAUACUUGCUAAAGAAAAAGGAAUUUACUUUUUGUUUCUCUAUAAUAAUACCAAAGAUAUGAAAAAAUGUUUUAAUUGAUUGUAUUUACCAAAAGGACUUGAAAUGUGGUUAAAUUAUUAUUAUCCAAAUUCAUUGAAUUCUAUUGAUUGUCUUGUUCUCUCCUUUAUGACAAAGUGACCAGUGUUUUCUGGUUUUCAGUUGACCAUCGAGUUGAUUUCAUCCAUUUUAUUGAUUUGAUUGAUUUAAAAGGUGUAAACAAGACCAUCGAGUUAAAGACUUGGUGGUUCUUGUUUAAUUGAUCGCAUGUGAAUGAGACCAAUUUGUUAUUACAUGUUGACCUCCCUAUGGAAGAGGAAACCGUUACUUUUGGCCAUUGUGAUGGUCGCAUCUUUCACCGUGAUCGCCCUUCAGUACAAUAGUGUCUCUGAUUCAAAGAGAAACAGUCUCGAUCCUCAAAUAUCUUCUUCUUCAUUCAACCCACACUCAACCAGGAAUAAUGUAAACUCCUACUCUCAGGAUAGUCAAUCAUUACCAAGGAGAAAUCUAUCAGCUCUUGGAUUAGAUAAUGGAAAUAUUAAUCAUAACAAAACAACCACAAUCAGAAUGAGAAUGAGAAUGAGUAUAACAAUAAAAAAGACAAAUCAGAUCAUUUCAUCUUCAUCAAUCGCUGCUCCUUAUGAAUCUUUUGGUGGAAAAUAUUCUCAUUUAUUUACAUCGGAAGAUAAGAAUUCAAGAAUCAAAAAGGACGGAGAGAGAAACAGUUAUUAUGUUCCUCCAUAUAGAUUGGUUCACUUCGACCUGAAAGGAGCCCCACCAAAGAUGAGUUACCUCAAGUCGAUACUGAACUGGUAAAAGAGGCCAGCCACUGGUAUUCUCGUUGAGUAUGAGGACAUGUUCCCAUACGAAGGCUAUUUAAGUGAUAUCUCGGCAAAAAAUGCUUACACGAAACAAGAAAUUGAUCUGCUACUCAAGACGGCGGAACAACUUGGUUUGGAUGUGAUUCCUCUUAUUCCGACCUUUGGACACAUGGAAUUCGUUCUUAAAUCACCCAAAUUUCGGCACCUUCGAGAAUAUGAUCCAUAUCCAAUGGCUUUGUGUCCUUCUCAAAACGAAACUUUUUUUCUCAUCCAACAAAUGGUCGAUCAAAUCAUGUCCGCUCAUCCCAAUAUCAAAUGGCUUCACAUUGGUUGUGAUGAAGUCUUUCAAAUAGCCUAUUGUGACAAAUGUCGAAACUCCGAUCGGGACACUCUUUUCCUUAAUCAUGUAAUUAAAGUUGCCAAAUACGUGAGGUCUAAACACUCAGUUAUCCCCAUCGUUUGGGACGAUAUGUUGAGGAACAUGUCACCAGAAAGGUUAAAGGAAAGUAAAAUUGGUUCUCUGGUCGAACCGAUGAUCUGGACUUAUGUCAAGGACAUUUACCGUUUCAUUCCCUACCCAACGUUCACCUACUUUGCCGACACUUUUGACAAUGUUUGGGCUGCAAGUGCCUUUAAGGGAGCCUUUGGUGAGACCCUUACAGUGCCCAAUGUCAAGAUGCACCUCGAAAACAACGAGGGCUGGCUCGAAGUGAUGGCCGAGCAACAUGGACACUUUAAAUCUUUCAGAGGAAUCGUGGUGACGGGUUGGCAAAGGUACGAUCACUUGGGUACUCUUUGUGAACUCCUUCCUUCGGGACUACCUUCGCUCAUCAUUGAUCUCAUCACCUUAAAAAAUGGACACUUUGAUGUGACCAAAGUGUUUAAAGAGUUUGACAAAAUAAUGAAAUGUUCAUCUUCAUCUUCAUACUCUAACAAUAACAAUCAAUAUGGUUACCGUGAAGAAAGUAACAUGAUUGGUUCAAACAAUGGAAACACCAAUGGAUUUGACUUUGAAUCGGAUCCUUAUUUGUACAAUCGAGCCUCUAAUUGCUUAUUCCCUGGAUCAUCAAUCUUUAGGAUGACACAAACUGUUGCCGAUGCCGUUAAACGUGUAAACGAUUACAUUUACGAUGUGACCAUUCACAAGGCCUGGCUAACGGACUAUAAUGUGCGUCAUAAUGUUUCUAAUCCUUAUCGAGUAGACGAAGGGCUAGAACAACAUAGUAAUGUGCACUUUUUGUUGACUUCUGCUCUUCGAUCUGCAUCCUCAUCACUUCGAGAAGCUUUCGAUGAAUUCACGGUGAAUGAAUGGAUAGAACAAAAUAUUUAUCCCUAUCUUCUUAAAAUGGAAAAAGUUCUAAAAGAUGGAGAAAAUCUAAAGAAAUCUAAAGUUUGGCCUCGAAGACCUUAUCCUCCUCUUCCUGAUAUGAAACGAUUUGGAUUAUAAAUAUCACCUGAUUGGUAUUAGGAUUACAGAAGCAAUAAAGCAAAUUCUCAACAUAAUUAACUUAACCAUCUCCAAAACCAUAGAGUCAAUUAAGGACAAAUGCUUAUUCUCAUCGCUUCUCAUCUGAUUGAAACAGAUUCAGUAAAUUCAGUGAUUUAGAUGAUGGAAAGAGUCUGAAAGUUGGUGGAAAUUGAUCUCAAUGAGACUUUAAUAUUGAGCAUCAAUGUAAAGAAAAUCAAUCAAAUUCAUGCCAAAAUCAUAUUCAGACACAUAUAAUAACUGAUUUAAAAUGAUUAACGUUUGAUUGUUUUCACCAAAGACAAUCGUCUCUAUUGAUAAUUAUAUCAAUUUGUCAUUUGUCUUUGAUAACCAAUUUAUCUGAUAUACUCACAAACCCAAAUGACUACUGAAGUAAAUUAUCAUUUCCACUCUAUCAAAGUUGAUUGAGAGGUUUAAUUAUCCUCAAUCUUUUGACAAUUGUUAAUCAAUUGUCAAUUUUCAUUAAUUUCAUUAGGAAAUAUCUAAUCAAUAUUAUCAAUGAAACGAAGGCAACUUGUGUCAACCCAAGCAAAGAAUAAUUAAUCGUGAUUUUUACAACAAAACAAUGGAAAUCACCUGAAAGUGUCAUGAUUACACCGAGUGUUGUACAUUCCCAACCUAAUUAAGUCAAUUUCUGUUUUUCUUUCUCAAAUGUAAACAUUUUCAUCUCUGGUCAUUUUUUUUAUAACUUUUUUCCUUUUCUCUGAUAAUGUUUCUCUUGUCAAUAUUGUUAUGAUUGUGUCGAUUAUGCUGAUUAAAACUUAUUUGUAAAUGAAAAUAAAACUCCCAAUGUGUCCAUUGCGAAUUCAGUUUGAUGAAGGUACCAAUUAAUCAACUUCCUAAAAGAACAUCGAUUUGAAUUUACUUUAAACGAUGAUAAGUUUUAUUACCAAGUUCAACGAAUACAAUAUUUACUGAGCUCAUUUAAAGAGCUGCCAUCGCUUUGGUUGGGUCAGCGACAAGAGAACCAGAAUCAGAGACAAUGCUUGAUCCAAUCAUAUUUUUCUCAGAAUCUAGACAAGAAUAUCCAAUUGAUUAUAUGCCUUAAUUGUCUCAUCGAUCGUCCUCGAAAUCCACUUGGAUUACAAUUGGUUUUAAUCCAUUAGAAGAUUUAGAUUGAUAUUCACUCGAAACUUUAUCCAAUUUACUCUGUGUACGACCAACGAUCGCGAAAAGUUUGAUGAUCAAAUUUACGGUCGACCUGGUGAACGAUAUUGGACUCGAGGUGAAGAGGCUACAUAUUAAUUUGAUAUUGAUAAUCGUUGUUGAAAAUUUCGAUGUUGAUUUGUAUUAACAGCGUUUAAGUUUCGCUAACGAAAACUUUACCAAUCUUUUGACAUCAUGUAUAUUCAAACAAUAUACAUUUAUGUUCAAUUUAACAUUAAAUAAGAGAUUUUCAUACUUAGAA